AUGUGUGUUAUUUUAGUUAAUACUUAUGAAACAAUUACCCUUACCAUAGCAACGGUUUUAUUAUUGAUUUUUGAAAUGGAUGCCAUUUCCGCAAAGGCUAAACAAUUUGGAGUUCCCCUUGAGAUCUUAAAUGAGGAGCACAUUACUGUCUGCAAAAGUAUCCAACAGCUGGAAAAUAUUUUGAAAGUGCUCAGAGCUGAUGGGAACGCUCCUUUGCAACGUUUGGUCCGUUUGGCCGAAGAGAAACUUGCCACAUUGUGUCCUGACCAUUUCCUUUUGAAAACUAGCAAAGGAGUAAUUCACCCUCCCCAGCUUGAGCCGGGCAGCUUUAAUUCAUUAUUGGAAGAGAUCGAAGGGUGGAAAAAUCAAAUGCUGGAAAGCCAGGAGAAAUUAAACGAAGAUGUGGCUUUUGUUGAACAUGACAGAGAAGAAAAAGAGGUGAGUACGUUGAUGACCACGCUGGAGCGGCUGGACGUGAUCGGAGAGAGGCCAAAAAGCGCGUUUCUGCUGCACAACAUGGGACGAAAAAAUUUGGUUGCAAAAAACGCACCAAUUGGUAAUUGGUCCAGCGAGGAGAAGAGAAUUUUGUCAUUGCGUGAAAAACAGAAGGGAAACGAGUGUUUUAAAGCUGAGGAUUUCAAAGAAGCGAUUCGCUACUUUUCAAACAGCAUAGCGAUAAGCCCGAAUCCUGAAGCGUUCAAUAACAGGGGCAUGGCGUAUCUGAAAGAAGGGGCUUUUUUACAUUGCGUUAGUGACUGCGGCAAAGUCCUUCAGCACGAGCCAAAUAACAUUAAAGCGCUUCUUCGAUGCGGAUUUGCUCACGCCAAGCUUGGAAACAGAGAGUUGGCCACUGAUGCAUAUUCCAAAGUACUGCAACUCGAGCCUACCAAUAAAGCGGCUAAGAAAGAAAUAGACAAUUUGGAGCACUUGAAACUCAAUCUGAUCAUUCCGGAAAGUGGAUCUAAAAAAUUGAGUAAAACCAGACCUCUGAUAGAAGAAAUAUAAUUAAAUAUUUGAGCUAUAGUCGGUCAUAAAUAGUAUAGCGUGUGAGAUUAAAUAUUGCGAAUAUUUGUAACAAUAUAUGUAUCUUGCGUGCGUCAUUAUUUGCUUACACAAUUUCGGAAAACAUAGCAUACCUGUAUAAUAUAGGUAUUUUGUUGUGCAUGGAAGUUAAAUUAUAGUGCUGAACGUGUUUGUAUGUGUAGAACUUAGAUAUUUGGAAAUAAAUAAUUAACAUAAAUAAAUAACGGCUGAAAAUCGAAAAAAUG